GACGGUCUCCCGAGUGAGUCACACGGUGGAUAUAAUCGUAGUUUCGUAUGUACUAUGUGCGAUACGUAGUUCUUGGUACGGUUUAUUUUCGAUUGAUGUGCAACGUUUGUCGCCUAGUGAUAAAAGGCUGAGAAAUACAAGAUCCUUCGCUUGUUCGGUCGGUAAUUGCAAUCAAGGAAGUUCAGAGGCGGUACUCCAUACCGAAUUAAAACAUCUACGCGAAGAAAGGUUGGCAAAGAUUCAAUACGGACGAGCGGGUCGCCGCAGGGCUGUCCCGCCGCUAAACCCGGUGUGGAAAUUAACCUAAAUAAAAAAAACAAGUAUCAAACAGCACACGGCAAGCGAAGAUGUCUACGGCGCUGCUUGCGGUGUUUGCAGUUAUUCUCUGCAUUCUGUUCCGAAUUUUAAACGUGAACAGUGCUCCCCAGAAGCCAGUUAUCGUUUGCAAAGAUGAGUCGUUCCUCGCCACCAUCCUCAAGAUUGCACCCGUAUUACGAGACCCGUAUAAACCAACACGACUAUGGGGCUACAGCGGACAUGUGCAAACUAUAAUCCACAGCAUUAUUGGAAGGGUUCGAUGUCCAUGGCCGAUCGGAGAAAGAGUUAAUAUCAUUUUGUCCGAUAAUGCAACGUUAACCUACGAUCUGUACCAGCCAUUAACAUCGGAUCAUCAAGAUGACAUUACAAUUGCAAUAUGCCCUGGAAUUGGAAACAGCUCCGAGAGUGUCUACAUUCGCACUUUCGUACACUUUAGCCAAUGUCAUGGCUAUCGAUGUGCAGUAUUGAACCAUGUUGGUGCUCUGUCCAGCGUCAAAGUUACUACUCCCAGGAUAUUCACUUAUGGUCACACCGACGAUUACCAUGUGAUGUUGCAAAGUUUGAUUGAAAAGCAUCCCAAUACUCAGAUAGUAUGUAUAGGCUUUAGUCUAGGUGGAAAUUUGGUUACUAAAUAUGUUGGUGAACGAGGCACCAAUAAAUUGUCAAAUAUUAUUGGGGCGAUAUCAAUUUGCCAGGGUUACAACGCCAUUGAAGGGACUAAGUUCUUGCUUAAUUGGCAAAACUUCCGACGAUUUUAUCUCUAUGUUAUGACUGAAUCUGUAAAGAAUAUUAUUCUAAGGCAUAAAUAUGUUCUACUCGCUGACUCAGUCAAACAAAGACACGGUCUCAAUGAACGAGACAUCAUUUCUGCUGCCACGCUUCCCGAGCUUGAUGAAGCAUAUACCAGAAAGAUACACAACUUCAGAUCUGUAAAAGAAUUGUACAAUUGGAGUAGCUGCAUUAAUUAUGUAACUAAAAUAGCUACUCCGAUGUUAUUCAUCAACGCCUUGGAUGACCCUCUAGUUCCGGAGCAGUUAUUGAGUCCUAUAAAGGAUUUCGCAUCUCAACAUUCCAACACACUGUAUAUAGAACUAGCUCACGGUGGUCACCUUGGUUUCUACGAGGGUGGUUUACUCUACCCAAACCCAAUAACGUGGCUGGAUCGCACACUGGUAUCUUUGGUCGGGUCAUUGGCAUUGGCUCACGCGGAUAGAGCGUUGAAAAUGUCUUAACCAUGUAACGCUCCCAGAUCUGGUACUAAGAUCAAUCUUACAAUCUGAAAGAAACAUCCAGCCUUUCCUUCAACAAGAACUGGUGGAUGUCAUUAACGGUAGUUGAUCUAGAAACUGUUUGAGAAUGAAAGAAAAGUAACGAGUUGUCGCCUUCAUUAUUACCGAUUGUUGCAUUUACCGUUGCAUAUAUUUAUUUGCCUGUUAUUUAGAUGGGUAUAUUACCAAUUUUUGAAAUAAGAUUGUGCUAUAUCUUGAAGUGUUUUUCUAUAGUACAUAUAUGUAUAUAUAUAUAUAAUAUAUAUAUAUAUAUAUAUAUAUAAUAUGUAUUCAGAUUCAAUGUGAUUCAUUUGUAGUUUAUCGCAAAACGAUGUUAGGAUACGCCUUGCAAUGCCGGUAGUUUCUCGCGAUAAUAGUUUGUUAUUGAUUUAUUUUCAGGUUUAUUUUCAUUCAGAGCACACAUCAAUUUUCUGACGACAUACAUUAGUAUGUACAUAUUUUGGUGCAAAAGACGAGACAAAUUUCCUCAUUUUGCAUUUAUUUAUUCUAUCUUUUUCGAUCAAAGGACGUAGAGAUCUGUUCAAAAGGAUUCGGAUUUUGUAAACAAAAUUAUGAACAAAUUCCAGACACAAUGUAGAAAAACAGUGGAAAAUUACGGUUUUGUAAAGGACAUCCAUUCAUCCAAAUCUCUGCAACACCGCGUUAUCCAUCAAUUAUUUCAGAAACCUUAAACACAUUCUUAUCGAGAAAAUAUUUCGAAGUAUAUAAUUCGUCCGAUUACAUUAGCACACGAUUCGUCUUUUGCGCUGUAUUUGAUUAAUCGACCUAUUCGAAAGAUUCGUACAAAUUAGCUAAGUAUCAAUACCUUUAGGGAGGGAUAAGUUGUAAUAAUUGAAAUACGACCAACGUUUAGCCUUCAAUUCUAAUCAUCCUCUAUCAUUGCUCGUUUCAGGUUGUAAAGAUCAGCUAGGAAGGAUUACUGUUUUAAUAUUUUUAAUCAUCUACAUGACAACUUGACUAUACUUAUAUUUUUUGGCAAGAAAACGAAAAAAAAACAGACAAUAAAUUAACUUUUCUCAAAAUAUAUGAUCUGCCUCUUUAGUGCAGGAGCAGUUAGAAUUUGUUGCUUUCCAAUAUAGUUAUUAUUUAUUGCUCAAUUAAUCAUCAAUUCGAUAAAGUCAGAUGAUAACUGUUUCCAAGAAGAUCUGUUGACCAGUUUGGUACAACGAAUUUGCGAUAUGUGUAUAGUACCUAUUAAAUACACAUCUCUGAUGAAUUUUUAUUCUAGCAGAAAUAAAAUCCUGCUCUCUUCACAAUCGAUCUUUUAAGACAAACUUAUACUGUUCUCUGUUAUGAUAUUUAUUAUUUUCAAUUUUUUCUUUAUGCAUUUAAGUUGAUUCUUUUUUCACAUAAUAAGGUGUCAAACGGUUGUUGGUUCCUUUGGAAGUAAAUGCCUUUAGUUAGGGACAUUGAUAGAGCUUAAAAAAAGAGAAACACUGUGUUAUAUGGACUGUGUACGAUACAUCAAUGAUGUAUACAUAUGUUUGCAAUUUAUGUUAAGCACAAAUCUAUAUUGUUGUAUACAGGUGAAAAAAUUGACAUAACUGUUGAAAGAAAAAAGAAAGCUAUGUUAACAAUAAGAAUAAUAUGAUAACGGCAA